GAAGUGCGAUACGCCGGUGUAGUGUCCGUAGGUUGCGCCAAACGCCAUUUUGAGCUAACUGGUGAACGAAGAGAAAGAUCCAGAAGCUGUCUUUCUGAAAGGUCUGUCACCAUGGGGAGUGCAAUCGGAAAAUUAUUCAAUGGCCUGUUCGGCAAGCGUGAGAUGCGGAUUCUUAUGGUCGGGCUCGAUGCUGCUGGAAAAACCACCAUCCUGUACAAGCUCAAACUCGGCGAAAUCGUCACAACCAUCCCCACCAUCGGCUUCAACGUUGAGACGGUAGAAUACAAGAACAUCAGUUUCACUGUGUGGGAUGUCGGCGGGCAGGAUAAGAUCCGGCCCCUGUGGCGCCACUACUUCCAGAACACUCAAGGGCUUAUCUUUGUGGUGGACAGCAAUGACAGGGAGAGGGUGAACGAGGCGAGAGAAGAGCUCGCUAGAAUGCUUGCAGAGGACGAGCUGCGGGACGCCGUGCUGCUGAUCUUCGCUAACAAACAGGAUCUCCCCAAUGCCAUGAACGCUGCAGAGAUCACCGACAAGCUGGGGCUGCACUCUCUGCGCCAGCGCAACUGGUACAUCCAGGCCACCUGCGCAACCAGCGGGGACGGCCUGUACGAGGGCCUGGACUGGCUCUCCACUCAGCUCAAGAACCAGAAAUGAUCCAUUCCACCACCUCUGACUUUGUUUGUUGUUUGUUUUUUCUGUUGAUUUAUUUCCUGUUUUAACACAGUGGCAGCACUGGAUCAGCCCCCCCCCCCCACUCCCUGACGUCC